AUGUUGACCGGACAUGAGAAUAAGCCCCAAUCUGCAAAUCAUGCAUGGAAGACGAAGGAAACAGAGGAAACAGUUAAGGGGAAGGAAAAUAAUCAACACAAAGAUGGAUCUACAUCAGGUCUGACGGAGACUGAAAAGAAAGGUAUUCCAACAGAUAUUGGAGAUUCAAGUCCAUUGAUUCCACAAGAUAAACGGCUGCUUUCUAAAGAAAGGUUGAGUGCCAUCUUGGAAACGAAUUCACAGGAAGAAAAUUUGAAAAAUACAUGGGAAGAUGAUGAUAUAGCAAACUAUAAUGAGAAUACGGAGAGGCAACUUGUUGACUACAAAAAGGCCACGAUUUUGAUUCCCCCGUUAAAUUUGUCAUCUCGUUUUGAUAAUUUAGUAGAUCUCUCUGAGGAUCAGCCCCCUUCUAUAGAAGAGGAACAGGAAAAAGUGAAUGAUGGGAUAAUUGAUGAAAUUGCAAGCGACUCAGAAACAGAACUUGCAUAUGAGGAUUCUGGGAUCGAAAUUCCUGUUAUAAGCCAACAAGAUGUAACUCGGGAUGACGGUGAUAUUGGAAAUCAGGAAUCUGAUAUGGAAGAUGUUAGACUGGUAGUCUCAAAUGGAGAAGAUCAAAAGAAAAAAAGAGGAAGGCCAAGGGGAUCGACAAAAAUUGCUCGCGCUAAGGUAAUGUUACAGGAGCCAAUGCAGCCGAUUUCGAAACUUGAAGAGUUGAGGAAUAAGUUGCAUUUCACUUCAGUUGUAUCGUCAAUCUCUGGUAAAAUUUGGGUGCUUCCAUCUAAGGACUGGAAUAAUGAUGGAGUGCCUUGGGUUGUUGGGGGAGAUUAUAAUGUUAUUCGGAAUUUAGAGGAAUAUGAAGGAUCCUCACAGCAAGAUAUGGGUGCAUUAGACGAGUUCAAUGAUCUAAUCAAUGACGGUAAUCUACUAGAGCUCCCACCAGAUGGAAAUUUACAUACAUGGAAAGGUAUGCGACAAAAUGGACGAGUUCUGAAAAGGCUGGACAGAUUACUUUUCACUCAAGAGUGGUUGACAUUAUUUCCUGUAGCUUUGAUUCAUCAUCUUAAUCGAUCAACUUCAGACCACGCACCAUUAUUGUUGCAAUAUAAAGCUGAGAUGGAAGCAAAACCAAGACUUUUCAGAUUCCAGAAAAUGUGGCUUCAAAGAAAUAAUUUUUUGGAGGUUGUUAAGGAGAAUUGGGAGCAACCGAUUGAUCACCAUGGCAUGCUAGCUUUUUCUUUAAAGUUACGAAGGUUAAAGGCACGACUUAAGGAAUGGAAUAAGGUUGAAUUUGGGGAUGUUUUUCAAAAUCUAAAGGAGGCUGAAGAGGAUGUCCGUAUCAAGGAAUGA